AUGAUGAAAAUAACCAAAUUAUUAAUAUUAGGGUUGGGAAUAUUGUUAUUUGAGAAAAAUGUGGGAAUACAAUGCUACAAAAGAAGUUCUAUUAUUAAGUGUAGUCAUACAAAUAGCCAAAAUAUAAAUAAAAGUAUUGUGAAAGAAAAGAUAUGUGAAUAUAAAAUAAAAUCGAAUGCUUUAAAAAAAUUAUAUGAAAGAAAAUUAAUUAAUUAUAUCAGUGAUUUAAAAAAUGUAGAUCAAAUAUUAUAUGAUAAUGAAAAUGAAAACGAGAACAAAAAAUCAGUAUAUCUUGGCAUCGACUUAAAUUGUAAAUAUCUACAUAUAGGAAGUUUAGUGCAAUUAAAGACAUUGGAAAUAUUAAGAAACUAUAAAACUGAUGUUAUUAUAUUACUUGGUAAUAGCACAACCAAAAUUGGUGACCCUUCUUUCCAACUAAAUGAAAGAAAAGAAACAUUAAAUGAUGAAAUUUGUGAAAAUGAAAAAAAUAUAAAAAAGAGUAUAAUUGAUUUUAUUCUUAACAAUGAUAAUAAAGAUUAUAUAAAUGAAAAAGAUUUACCAAUGAAAAAAUUGUGUGGAAUAAAUUUAAAUAAAAUAUCGUUUCAAGAAAUUUGUAGAAAAAGUGAUUUGCUAUCAAAAGAUAAAUUAAUAUAUAAAUGCAGUGGGAAAGGAAGUUUGCGAAUCUUAAAAAAUAAUAUAUGGUAUGACAAAAUGAAUAUAAUUGAUUUUUUAAAACAUGGUGGACAUUUUGGAAUUAAUAAAUUACUUAGAAAAGAGAGUGUAAUAAAAAAAUAUCAAAAUAAAAAAUUAACAUUAAAAGAUUUAAAUUAUAUAUCUUUACAAGCUUAUGAUUUUUUAUAUCUAUUUAAGAAAUAUAAUACUUAUAUACAAAUUGGUGGGUCUGAUCAAUGGGGUAAUAUACAAUCAGGAAUUGAAUUUUGUCAAAAUAUUUAUAAUAAACAAUUAUAUGGUUUAACAACAAAUUUGUUAUUAUAUAAAAAUAAUAUUAAAUUUAGUAAAUCUUUGUUUCACGAAAAUAAAAAGCUACCAAUAUGGAUUGAUACGGAAUAUACAUCUCCUUAUCUUUUUUGGAACUUUUUUCGAAAUGUAGAAGAUCAAAAGGUGCAAUCAUAUAUAGACAUGUUAACUAACUUAAACAUAAAUCUAGAUGAAGAGCUAAAAAAUGAAGUGCUAAAAAAUGAAGAGCUAAAAAAUGAAGUGCUAAAAAAUGAAGAGCUAAAAAAUGAAGAGCUAAAAAAUGAAGAGCUAAAAAAUGAAGAGCUAAAAAAUGAAGAGCUAAAAAAUGAAGAGCUAAAAAAUGAAAACGAGAAGAAUGGCAUUGCUUCGCGCUAUGAUGAUAUAAUAAAUUCUGCUAAAAAAAAAAUGGCAGACCAUAUCACAAACACAAUUUAUGGAAAAAGUCUUGUUAAUAAAAUUCACAAAAUAAAUAAAAUAAUUAAAAAUAAUAAGUUUAAUGAGAUUGAAAAUUUACAAGAGUUAAAAAUAUUACCAUAUAAUCAAAUUAAUAUAAAUUUAAUAAAACAAAAUAAAAUUAAUAUUACAGACAUCUUGAAAUCUUUUCAAAUUGCUAUGACAAAUAAACAAGCGAAAGAAAAGAUAAAUCAAAAUUGCAUCUAUAUAAAUACAAAAUUAAUAACAGAUCCAAAAUAUAUAUUAAAUAUUAUGGAUUUCUUAAAAACAAAAAAUGAUAAUAAUUAUUAUGCACUUCUUCGACUUGGAAAAAAAUCAUCAUAUUCUAUAAUAGCCAAAUACGAUAAAAAAGAAACUCUAAACAACGAUUAA